GAUAAAAAAAGAGGAGACUAAGAGAGAGGGACAAAGAUGGGUGAAGAGAAGGUGGAUAAUGGAAAACUAGCAGGGGGCAAAGGUUAGCAAAGGAUAUAGAGAGAGGUUGAGAGACUGUAGAAACACCCGUAGUGACCUGCACUGUCUUUCACUGUAUCUCAUGCCUGCCGCCCAAUAAGGAGAAUGGUAAUGGUCCCACUGGGUAAUAAUUAGCAGACAGCGCUCCCACCCUUGUCUGUAUGUGUGUCGGUUGGGCUCGCGGCUCGCUGUGUGCGACUGUUUAUUUUCGAGUGUGACUCACACUUCCUGUGCUCUGCCAGUGAGGCAAGCCUCAAUGGAUCAGCAGGGCCUCCUCUCAUUCUCAAUUCCACACGGAAAUACUGUGCGGGGGCUUGAAUGGAUGAGGUGGCUCUGGAAUUCAUUUACUAGUGCACAGGCACCGCAGAUUUCUUUGGAAGGUACAUUUUUUAUAUGUAAAGGAGAGAGCACAGUCUUAUACGACUGAUGUUUUGUUAGCAGGAAAAGACCGCCGUUAGACAGUCAUUGUACGUUCCAGUGUUUCUUGGGUGAAAUCUUCUGGGAAUUCAACAUGCCUUCAUCACUACUUCCGCUUACUUAGUCAAUAAUGGUUGGCGAUGAUGACGGGUUGCUGGGUUUUUCCCCAGGAUCCGUCUCCCUUCGGUGUCCUGUGCUCCGCUCCGGGGAAAAGACCUGUUUUAAGACCUGUUUGUAAUGGAAUCUAUAGCCGACUGUGCCACUGUUUAUUAAAGGUGCAAAGAGGAGCAAUUGUGAGGAGAGGUCUCGAAGCAAGAGGAUUUAGACCUGGUUUGAAUGAGUGUGCGUGUUUUCAUUCAUAGUCCUGGCACGAUAUUUAUUUUCCUCAUAAAGUCUGACCACAAACGUUAAUAUUAGGGAUGCACGAUAUAUCGGUAAGCAUAUCGGAAUCGGACAAUAUUAGCUAAAAAUCUAGUUUAACGCCAAUGUGCAAAACCGAUGUCAAAGCUGACAUGCAUACCUAUAUAACGUUGGUAGAUGACGUAAUGACGCCACGAAGAAUACAGUGCUACACGUGCAAUACAGCAUUCCUCACCUAGCCCAUAAUGUCUGCUGUGUGGAUCUAUUUUGAAGUUUCAAAGGAAGAUAACUAAAAGGCCAUAUGCAACGUUUCUGCUGCUAUUAUUUCUCGAGGAGGGGAGAAAGUGAAAUCGUUCAAUACCACAAACCCAAUUACUCAUUUGAAAGUUCAUCACCCCCCAGAUGUUCAGCGACUACAAAAGCAGAAAAAAAAGUGCACACUUCCAACGACUAAACAAGUUCAAGUCGAGCAGUCAUUUGAAAGAGUAAGAACAUUUCAGUGAGACAACUCAAAGGCGAAAUCCAUUAACGCCAAGAUAAUGGGAUUCAUUGCCCUUGACAAUCAUCCGUUCUCUGUGGAUGAUGUGGGCCUUCGCCGACUGAUCGAGCACCUUGAGCCCCGCUACACACUACCAAGUUGGCGCUAUUUUUCAGAUGUUGCCCUACCGGAGUUACACAGUAUUAUUGAAACACACAUCCAUGAGCUACUUGCUAUGGUCGUCACUGCUAUUAGCUUCACAACUGACAUUUGGACCAGCUGUGUCAGCCCCGUGAGCAUGCUGGGUCUGACAGCACAGUGGGUCGACGAGGAUUUCGUACUGAGGAAAGCCUUAUUGCAUGGUCAAGAAUGUGCUGGUUCUCAUACCGCUGCUGCCAUUUCAAUGGCAUUUGACAACCUGUUUGAAACUUGGAAACAUGAACACACUCCUAGUUCCAUUCGAACAACUGACUCGAGAAGUAAGCUCUCAUCAACUGCGUCUGCAGCAGAUGUGAUACCCUCUGUCAUGGCAUUGAAACGCCUGCUCAACAAAACUGCCGACACAGACCGUGGGGUUAAAACUUGAAAAAGUACUCUACUAGAGGCUGUGAACAAGCUAAUUCGCUGGCAUUCUCUCUGAGCCUCUUUACUGUGUCGCCACCAUAGAUAGAUAGAUAGAUAGAUAGAUAGAUAGAUAGAUAGAUAGAUAGAUAGAUAGAUAGAUAGAUAGAUAGAUAGAUUUACUUACUAGAAUGCUAAAUAUCGGGUGUAGUUUUUUUUGGCAAGGAAAAAUAAUGGAUAUCGGUAUCGGCCCAAAAUGUCAUAUCGGUUCAUCCCUAGUUAAUAUGCUUCGAUGUUACAACAAUGAUGACGAUCUUGAUAAUGAUUGUAAUGAUGAUGAUCUUGAUGAUGAUGGUAGCAACUUUGUAGGUCCCUCCUAGCUCUCUCUUAGCUAUUUAAGUGUUUUCAUCCAUCAUCCCUCUACUUAACUCUUUCUCUCCAUCACUCUCUUUUCACCUCACCCCCUCCCUCUCUAAGAAACACACCCACUCAAGCACUCAUAUCUGCUCACUCUCUCCCCGAAUGUCUCUCAGUGACUCUGAAGCUCCUCCGAGGGGUGAAACCAGACUACUCUCUCCCAGAUCCAGUGAGGUACUAGGUUUGACCAGUGACGGCCUAAGAGGAACAAGAGAAGACCCCGAGUUUUCUACUCACCAGAGCCACAGUGUCAGAACGGUCCAGCAGUAUGCCAAGCCAAACCCUCAUCUAGCUCCCAGUCCAUAGUGAAGACCUAUCACAAUGGCUCAGACUUACUCCGUGAUGAGAGAGGAUCUAUGUUUACCUACAUCCUCUAUGCUGCUCUGGGGCACUUUUUAAUUAUGUCUUAUUUGGUCCUCUUGAAUGACUUUUGGCCUGCUCAUAAAAAAGAUACUCCGUUAGAUGUUCCCUCGUCCCAGGCAUCUCUGCGGCACUGUGUCUAGCCCCAUGAGGCUGUGUGGCGCACUGCUCCCAGAGGCAUUCCCUGUGUGUCUGUAAGGCCUCCUCCCCACUCUAUGGAGGCGGAGCCCAGCCACCCUGCUGAUGGGGAGCGAUCCGGAAGACAACAGCAGCCUCUUUCUCCUGGGGCCGCUGAGCCCCCAACAGGGUCCCGUCCACCUCAGCCACAGCAGCCGCCAUCCAACCCCCGCCCCAUCCACGGUGGCCUGGGAUGCCUCCACCACCGCAAGCCUAAACGUAGCGACCUGCUUCUCAUGCUCCAGCAUCAGCACAAGACCCAAGCAGCAUGUCAGCUCUCAACAGACACCCCAGGUCCUUCAGGAGGCAGCUUCUCCUCCCCUUCCACCUCAUCCCUACAAUCCUCCUCUACCCAAGGCCACAACACUCAGGGGGUGCAGUCCCAGCCCAACCAGGAAGUCCUAGAGGGCAGCCCAUCUAAAAGAGGCGAGAGGAAGCUCCAGAAACCGGGGAAGUACGUAUGCACUUACUGCGGCCGUACAUGUGCCAAACCCAGCGUUCUCCAGAAACACAUCCGCUCUCACACAGGGGAGAGGCCUUACCCUUGCGUCCCCUGUGGCUUCUCCUUCAAGACCAAGAGUAACCUGUACAAGCACCGCAAGUCCCACGCCCACCGCAUCAAGGCAGGCCUGGCAUCCAGCCGGGACGAGCUGAGCCUGAGUGGACCCGAGAUGAGCGCCCUGGGAGAGGAUCCCGAGGAGCCCACGGAGGGGGAGAGCACAGACUCUGAAGAGGAGACUGGUCAGUACAGGAAGGAGCGGCUGGUUAAGCAGAAGAGCAGCAGCAGUUUGGCGCUGUCAGGGCAAGAGGAGGGCCAGAGAUCUGACGACUCCCAGGCCGUGAAGCAGAGACUGGCCAUGAGGCUGAGCGAGAGGAAGCGUGGCCCGGACGACCCUCCCUCCGCCUCCUCCUCACUGGACCCCAGCAGUAAAGGCAGCCAAGAGUCAGGCUACUUCUCCCUUUCGAGGAGCUCUGAGAUGAGUCGAGCUGACUCUCAGGUGAGCCCUCCCAACGCCAAAACCUAUGCCGAGAUCAUCCUGGGCAAGUAUGGGCGGCUUGGAGGGCAGCAGCGCGGUCCCCAUCAGCAGCACGCCCAGUCUUCUUCAUCGGGGAUGGAGGAGAAGAGCAGCAUGCCCUUCAGCGUGCCCAAGAUGCAGGUCAUCGAGCACAUCACCAAACUCAUCACCAUCAACAAGGCGGUUGUGGACACCAGCGAGAUCGACAGCGUCAAGCCCAGGCGCUCCUCGCUCUCCAGGAAGAGUAGUCUGGAGUCACCCAAGUUCUUCUCCCCCAAAGAUCCCUAUGUGUUUGAGCCUAAGGGAGAAAGCCCAGGCCCCAGUAUGGCAGGCCAAUCAUUCCGUCCCCAUAUCCAAGACAUGGGCCCAUCGGGGGUCCAGGAGUCCUCCUCAUUGCCUCUGCUGAGAAGCCACUCCAUGCCCACCCCAGCAGGCCAGGGAAACCACUCAACCACCUCUCCCUGGGGCUUCUGUCAUCUGAGCCACUCCUUUGAUGAGCAGCAGGCCGUGGUGGCCAAGAUGAGGGUGGGCGGGCAGCACCAUUUGCUGAGGCGCCAGCCCGCCAUCGAGUUGCCCCUUGGGGCUGAUCUCAGCCUGGAGGAGGCUAGCUCCUCCUCCUCCGUAGCUACAGAAAUUGACCUAACCAGGAAGCAGCACCAGCAGCAACGCAAAGGUCCAAAGCUGUAUGAGUGUGAGGCCUGCGGAGUCCGCUGUAAACAAAGGGAGAGUUUCGAGGCCCACAGGGGUCUCUGCACAGGCAAGCCAAUAAAGGAGCGGGAGAGAGGACAGGUGGAUGGGGCGUUUCGGGAUGACCGCCCCCAGAUGAUGCACUAUAAAUUCCGGGCGCUGGCCAUGGCAGUGAGGAAGAGGCGGAAAGAGGAGAGUCUGGAGGAGGAUCCUCCCAGCCCCGGGCCUACAGCUGUUGUGACCUGCAGCCCUGCAACCACCACUGCAGUGCCAAACCUGGUGCAGCAGAGUGAGGCCUUCUCAGGUGCUCCCUCACAGGCUGAGCAGCAGCAGCAAGACAGGAAGGGCAUCUCGGUCAUCCAGCACACCAGCUCCUUCGAGAAGCAGGAAAGUAUAUCCAUGGAGAGCCAGGAGUCUAUAGAGCUCAGAGAGAGCCAGUCAACACCGCAAAAACAGCCGCAGCCAAAAUCAGCGCCCUCCAUGUCCCGCCUAGUCCGCCAGCACAACAUCCAAGUGCCAGAGAUCCUAGUGACGGUGGAGCCUGACGCUGAUAUGGUGUCAGUGUCGCCCAUGGCGAUGGCAUCCUCGUCCAAGGAGCCAGAGAGAGUGGUAGAGGAGUUCCAGUGGCCUCAGCGCAGCCAGAGUAUGGCUCAGCUCCCCGCCGAGAAGCUGCCACCAAAGAAGAAGCGUAUCCGUCUAGCCGAGGCUGCUGCCCAGUCUUCCGGGGAGUCCAGCUUUGAGUCGGUAUUGCUGGGGCCCCGGAGCCCCAGCCAGGAGAGCAACAUUUCCCACUCACCCAGCCUCUCUGCCUUCUUUGAAGACAUGGGGGGGAAACCUGCUGAGCCUUCCCCCUGGGACUCUAGCAGCACCCAGGGCUCCCACAUGCUAACCGUGCCCUCGGGCCCCCACCAACAAUACCAACCCCAAAGGGAGAUGCGGCGCUCAGCCUCGGAGCAGGCCCCGGCCAGCCCCCAGCAUACGGAUGAGAUCGUGGAGACCAGGAGCAAAUCCUUUGACUACGGGUCCCUAUCCCCGCAGCAGUCUGCGUCAGCCUGGAGGGAGAGGAGGAAGUGCCUACUGGUGAAGCACGCCACUCUCGGUGAGCCAGACCACGAGGAAGGGGCCGUGGCCAGCCACUCAGGCCGACCAGGGAGCCCCAAGCCGGGCCCGUCCUACACCAGCCACCCUUCCCUCCACCCAGCUGAAGCCAGCACCUCUAGGCUCAGCCCAGAGGCCAUAGGGAAGACCGUACAGCUGUUCCACCAGCCCCGGAUACUCCCAUUCCCCAUGCGACCAACUGGGCAUGAUCGGUUCCCUCCUGGCCAGUUAGCCCAGCUCCACCCGGUCACCACUGCCAUCUCAGAUGUCUUCUCCACCCACAUCAUCCACAGAGCCUUCUUACACACACACCUUUCCCCUCCAACCAUACAAGUCCAUCCAGGGCAGCUUCACAUAGCAGAAUGCCUUGGCCUGCCCCUCCAUCCUUUUUCACCUCUGCUCUCCCUGCAGUACCCUACUGGGGCUGGCCAGGCUGUUUCUCCUGGGCUCGCCAUCCAAGUCCCCACACAGCCCCCCAUACCCUCCACUGUGGUUUUCCCUGCCCCAGUCUCUCUACCCUGCCACCAUCCCCUGCCUGUCAUCGCAACGUGCCUGGCGCAGCUGACGCCAGUCGUGUCACUGGUGGUGCCAGUGCGCCUCCAGACCAACAUGAUCACCUACGCCAGUGCCCUGUACACCACCCUCUCCCAGAUCCUGGCGUCAGCCCGCUCCCAGGAGCCCAUCUGCUGCAUGGCCAUGGUUAUUAUGGGCCAGCUGGAGCAGGAAAAUCUGCAGAGGUCCUACCUGAAGAUCCCCACCCCGGACUUCAAGAGCUACCUGCCCCUGUCUCUACCCCUGGAGCUGGGCUCUGUGUCCGGAGAGGGCUAUGAACAACUGGGGGCUGGAGGGAGCAAACGCAUGCUCUCUCCUGCAGCCAGUCUGGAGCUCAGCACAGAGGCCCAGCGCCAGCAGAAACGAGUGAAGGAGGAAGAGGAGGAGGAAGAGAGGGUGGGAGAGGAAGAGGAAAAUAGGGAUUCUGGGAGAAAACUGGAAGCAGGGGUAGACAAAAAGAAAGAGACGGAAAUGGCCCAGGUAGGAGUAGUAACUGUGAAAGUCGAGGAGGAAGAGAAUGUGCAGGACACAGAAGGGCACGGGGAAGAGAGGGAGAUGCAAGGGAAGGCUGAACCUAAGAAAGAAAAGGGGAAGGAGGGCCAGGGAGUGAGUGCUUCCUUUGUACCCCAGAGUCCAGAGGGAGCCAAAGCCCCCUCGUAUCCCAGCCUCCACACCACCACCUCAGUCAGCUGGUGCUACUUGAACUACGUGAAGCCCAACCCGUCUGCCCAGAGGGAGCCACAAACCUCCGUUUACACCUCCUGGAGCGUCAGCGUGCACAACCCCAACCUGCCAGGCCUGUCCACCAAGCUGUCCCUGUCCCUGCUGCGCUCUAAGCAGACACACAGCUCAGAGACCUACACCAUGGCCACAGCUCUAACGCCGGUGACGGGCAAGGUGGUCCCUGCCAGCAGCAGAAAGCCCCACAUUUCAGAAAUACAUGCUACCCCACCCAGCACCCCUGUCGAAGUGAAGGAGCCACCACAGCAGCCUGAGAAGGGGAAGAGAGAGGAGCAAGGGCCCUCCACCUCCAAACAGAGCGAACCUCUCCGUGUUCAAAUCUUCGAGGGCGGGUACAAGUCUAAUGAGGAGUAUGUGUAUGUGCGGGGUCGCGGCCGAGGAAAGUAUGUGUGCGGAGAGUGCGGGAUCCGCUGUAAGAAGCCCAGCAUGCUAAGGAAGCACAUUCGAACACACACGGACGCCCGGCCCUACGUCUGCAAACACUGCAACAUUGCCUUCAAAACCAAAGGGAACCUUACCAAGCACAUGAAGUCCAAGGCUCAUGGGAAGAAGUGCCAGUCAAUGGGAACGUCUGGGUCUUCGCUGGACGAGCCGGAGACCGAGGAAGCAGGAGAUAUUGAAGAGCGUUUAUCUGGCUCCGAGGACCAGGAUGACCACCAGUUCUCGGACGUGGAGGAUUCAGAGGAGGACGAUGACGAGGAGGAGGAAGAGGAGUCCUCAUCUCACAACGAGCCGUCCUCCUCCUGCUCACCCGACCGCCGUCUAUCCACAUGGGGGCACUCCAGCAGCGGAAGACGGUCCCAGCAGGGCACGCCUGACCCCUCAGCCCCAGAACCCCAGCCAGAUCCCAGCCCCUGCCCCAGCCAGGAGCCCUCUCCCACCCGUAGACUGUGGCCCAGCGGGCGUGCUUCCUCUCCAGAAAGCCAGAGGGCACUGUUCUGGGACGCCUCCCCCAGGGCCUUCUCCCCUAGCAGUGAGAGCUGCUCUCCCAUCCGAAGCCUUUCCCCCAGACUGGAGCUGGCCUCCCCCAACCGACACCUCUCGCCCUCUUCCAAGAGAGAACCAUCCCCCAUCAGAGCUCUGUACCCCCUGCGGCCUCUGUCCACUAGCCAGUAUCAAGUGUUGUGGGCCCGGGCCUCUCCCUCGUCCCUGGGGGUGCAACAUAGACCUCGCAGGUCUCCCAGUUGUUUGCCAUGGGACAUCCCCAGUAUGAUGGCCAGCGAUCGCAGACAGGUGGGUUCAAUGGAGAGGAUAGGAACACCAAGUAAAGGGCAGAUUGGUCCAGAACCCUGCCUGUCAUUCCCCCCAGCUUUCCGUCUGUCACCUACUGACAGCCCUAAAGCCCAGUCCCAGUCCAUGGACCGCAUCUUCAGCCACCUGCCUCUGCACUCCCAGCAGGCCAGGGUGCCCUACCUGAUGAUCCCCAUUGGGGGCAUUCAGAUGGUGCAGGCUCGUCCCCGCUCCCACCCCACUACUCCCACCUCGGCCUCCUGUCCCCCAAUGGAGGGGCUUUUACUGGGCCAGACCAGGAGGGAAACCCCCUGGUGCAGGACCCCCAUAACUCAAGGGCUCAGAACUCCUGGGGACCACUGGUCUGACAGCCAGGAAGUAGUAGGAGCCAGCCAAUCAGGGCUGUGCAUUCCCAGUAUAACCCCACCCAUAUGUUUCAACCCCUCCACCUCGCACCAGGGUAGGAUGGACCCAGGGAUGAUAAACACAAUGCAAAAGGACAGCUUACACAGCUCCUCCCACUCCCACAGGUCUGAGGCAGAGACCAGAAAACGAUGGCCCUCACACGGCCAGGCAGGACCAUCCCCCUAGUCAGCCAGUCCCCCCCUCCCACACACCGGAUUGGAUAGCUGUUUGAGAGGCAGCAACCAGGGUUGCGGUCCAGAGCGACUGGUUCAGAAUUGGUAGAGGAAGGAGCAAAGGCGGAGACUCAACCAAUCGAGGCCAGAGCACUUAGUCUCCACCCUUUGAUAUGUCAUGCAUCCUUUACGCUUUGUUGCUUUGUUUUUAUACAGUUUUCAAUCCAAUUGUUAACUUAAAUGUUAGUUCUUCUGCAAUAUUCAGGUUUGUUAUAAAAUGCACUUUUUUAUUGUUGACGAUUUCUUUAAAUCUCUUGAUCUUACCUUCUGUAUCUCUAUAGAUACUGCUAUCUUAAUAUAUAUUUAAAUAUACAUGUCAAAUAAAUAUGAAUACAUUUGUAAAUGACCAAAAUCUUUAAUGAACAAUAAAUGCACAUGUUGUUUUGUCUCUUUGUCCACUAUUACCCAAACUGUAGUUACUUGUGCCUUUUCUUUCUGGGUUUGUGUCUUGAGAUGACGACAAAGAAAAAAGGCUGUGAAGUUUUGAUAUACACUCUGUGUUUCCAGGAAGGGGGUUCCUGUGUGGCGUGAUGAUUGUUUGUAUCCUUAAAGGGAUAGUUUGGGGUUAGAGGUAGUUUCGUGAGCCAAUGCUAACUAGCUGUACCCGAAGACUUCCAGUCUUUGCACUAAGCUAGUUAGCAUUGGCUCGCGAAACUACAGAACCUCUACCUUCCUUCAUACUGGAUGCAGAGACAUAAAAAUGAAUUGCCAAAACACCAAACUAUCUGUUUAAGGCCAUUGCAUUGAUGUCAGGGUAUUCUAAAAUAUGGUAUAUGAGGUGGUAUACUGAAGGAACAGUGCUUUGCAAAGAAAAUGCACUGAAGUCAUAUUUUUUAUAAAAAGAUAUGUCAAUGUUAUGUCUCUGUACAGGGAAGAGUGCUCCAUAUUUAUUAUUUUGUUAAACUAUGAAAGUCAUUCUUGUUUAAGUUUUUUUACUUCACAUUUUUGGAGGAAAAAAAACAUGCCAUUUUUAUUUUGUCAUGUGUCUGUCUUUUUCAUAAUCUUCUCAAGACUUGUGAGGGAGAGGAAGGUCUCUUUUAAGAUUGAAUAUGGUACAAGGAGGAACAAGUGCCCUAAAGAUUUUCACACAGGACAUUUUUUUUUUCAGAACCAAUAAAAAUACUUCUGUGA